AUGAAAGACAGCAAUCAGCGUCAAGCUCUACGUAUGGAGCUAGAAAGUGAAAGAUCCUCGUCAAAUGAAGAGGUACACCUUAGAAAUGAUUACAGGAGUACUUUUUCCGUUGAUACUGACGACAUAAUAAGCUAUCUCGAGACAACAUUCAUAAACCAAGUGGUGAUUGAAUAUGACAAUAAUUACAAUAUUAACAUAAAAGAAGACGCCGAGGACAAUGACAACUUGACCGCUCGGGACUUUAUAGGUCCAAAUAUAAUAAUAAACAACAACAACAAUAAUAACAUUAACAGCAACGGCAACAAUAAUGACAACAACAGCAACUUUUUUUCAUCCCUCGUUGUAGUUAAAGGUAUAUUAAUGGUUAUUAUUAUAGUUACGGCACUCUUUGGUAAUGCACUAGUUAUCGCAAGUGUUAGAAGACACCGCAAGCUCCGUGUACCGACAAAUCGGUACGUGGUGAGUCUAGCAGCCGCUGAUUUACUGGUUGCUAUUUGUGCAAUGACAUUUAAUGCCUCGGUUGAGCUGUCGGGAGGGAAAUGGCUUUUUGGGAGAUUUAUGUGCAACGUGUGGAACUCUUUUGAUGUAUACUUCUCAACUGCCUCCAUUCUUCACCUUUGCUGCAUCAGCGUUGAUAGGUACUACGCGAUUGUUCGCCCCCUUGAGUAUCCAGCUAUUAUGAAGAAUAUUGUCGUGACAGCGAUGCUAACUAGUGCUUGGUUACUUCCUGCGUUCAUCAGCUUCAUUCCUAUUUUUUUUGGAUGGUACACCACUCCAGAGCACCUUGAGUAUCUCAAGGAACAUCCUGAGGUAUGUGUUUUUGUGGUGAACCGCCCAUUUGCACUGAUAAGUUCCUCGGUGUCAUUUUGGCUUCCCGGACUGGUGAUGAUAAUAAUGUACUGUAAAAUAUACAAAGAAGCAGUGAGACAAAGAGAAGCCCUUAGCCGAGCUUCCAGCAACACCGUGCUCAAUAGUGUUCAUUUACACCGUGUGUCAACCUCCCGACACCGAUCGAGAACUUCUCACCAGCUUCUCCUCCAGCCUACUGAGGAUUUUCGCGUGAAUGGCGGAACCUGGUGCAACACAGCAGCUAUCGAGUUAAAUUCCGACAAUGGUAAUUUAAAAUAA